CGGCAACAAGUCGCAGUGCACCAGACAUGCAACUUACCACUCAUACCACACCAUCAGGUUUUCUUUUGCCCUCCAUUCAUGCUGCGCAUGCGUUCUUCACUGAACAGCCAAACCCUACAACUCAGAAUACCUUCGUAAAUAACUGGAUACAAUUAAUUCUUUCCUAUGCACGACACCGCCGUUUGUUCGUCAUUCGUGUGGAGGAUGCAGAAGUAGCUGGCGGAGAUUGGGACGAAAUACUGCGCAACGAGCGUAUUAAUCGACGGGUAAUCCCUAGUUAUCUGACCUCUCUAAUUUCUGCUAUGGUGUCUCGUGAUCUUGCAUAUUACGAACCACCUAAGCAAUCUCGUUCAGUCGUUCUCCUGUGGCGUCUCCCGGAAGAGUGGGCAGACGUUCUACAUUCUUGGGGAACCGCCACUGGUCAAAUAAAUACUAUUUUGACUCUGUACGAAAUCACCGACCCACCCGUACCUUCACCGCUUUCGGGGAUACCUCUUUCACUUUUGCGGCGUGCCAUUACUGUUCUCACUCGCUCUGGGCGCGCGCAGCUCAUUGGAGUUGCGGAUGGGGAAGGUGUGCGAUUGCUCGCUGGAGGAAAGUAGAGGCUGUCAUAGAGAACGAGAUCAUUGUACACGGCUCAGGCGCCACGAUUCGUAUCCAUAUAUUUAUACAGUGAGAGAAAUACAUUGUACUUUUGU